AUGUCAUUCCCACAGCCUCACCCAUUCGAUCCCUUGAGGCCCGAGGAGAUCCUUCUCACAACGAAGAUCCUCAAGGCCGCGCUACCCGGCAUCCCUCUUCGCUUCAAAGCUCUCGAUAUCCAGGAACCGCGCAAGGCCGACGUCAUUCCUUUUAUCGAGGCUGAACGUACUGGCGCCCCCUUUCCCCGCUACCCCGAUCGCGUGGUUUCUGUCUUGUUUCACCGGCUGGAUACCCGAGCCUUCCUCAAGGCUCUGGUUCACGUGGGGAACAAGAGCAUCCUCUCUCUGAAGGAGCUUCCGGCAGACCUCCAAGGCCCUGCGGACCUCGAUGAACUGAUCGAAAUUGAGGAAGUGUGCUUGAAGCAUCCCGAAGUACUCAAAGAGGUCGAGAAGCUCAAGCUGCCAAAGGGGGUGACGGUCUGCAACGAUCCGUGGGGCUACAGCACUGAUGACGUCAAAGAGACUCGUCGUCUUUUCCAGUGUUACAUGUACAUUGUCCCCCUGGAUCAUCCGCAGACGAACCACUACUCUCUUCCGUGCCCGUUCUCCCCAGUCUUCGAUGCCUUGACCAAGGAGCUUGUCCGUAUUGACCAGCUCGCUCUUGGCCCUGAUCACAAGACCCACGAGACCGCCCAACCCUGGAAGCCCGUCAAAGCCGUAGAGUACGCUCACGACUUGCUUGACACACCGGUCCGGAACGAUCUCAAGCCGUACAUCGUUCAACAGCCAGAGGGACCAUCGUUUUCAAUCAAUUCUGGGCAGCAGGUUGACUGGCAAAAGUGGAAGUUCCGCGUCGGUUUCAACACUCGCGAUGGUUUAGUUCUAUACAACGUCACUUAUGACAACCGCAAUGUCUUCUACCGGCUUUCCAUGUCGGAGAUGACUGUCCCCUAUGGCGACCCGCGCAAGCCCUACCACCGAAAACAGGCGUUCGACGUUGGAGACGUCGGCUUGGGCGUCACUUGCAACCAGCUCAGCUUAGGCUGCGACUGUCUUGGCCACAUCAAGUAUUUCAACGGCUAUCGGAGCGACUCCAAGGGCAACCCCGUCGAGUUGAAGAACGUGAUAUGCCUUCAUGAGCAGGAUGCUGGCAUCCUGCACAAGCAUACCAACUACCGUAACAACCAGGCCACUGUUGUCCGCAACCGCCAGCUGGUGGUUCAGAUGAUAUGUACAGUAUCUAACUACGAGUACGUCUUCGCUUGGAUCUUUGACCAGGCCGGUGGCAUCGAGUUCGAGGUACGCGCCACGGGAAUCCUUUCCACAACUCCCAUCGAGAACGCCAACGGCGAGACCGUCCCCUGGGCCACCAAUGUCGGCCCCGGUGUCGCCGCGCCAUAUCACCAGCACAUCUUCUCGCUUCGCAUUGAUCCGGCUAUUGAUGGCUUCAACAACACCGUCGUCUACGAAGACAGCGUUCCGAUUCCCCUCGACACGGGCGUAGAGGAUCCCUACUCCGUUGGCUAUGUGUCGCAGACCACAGUCCUUGAGAGAGCCGGUCAUGCCGAAGUUGACGUGGACAAGGCGCGUGUCUUCAAGAUCCGCAACGACAGCAUCAUCAACAAGGUCAGUAAUAGACCUGUUGCCUACAAGAUCCAGACGCUGCCGAGCCAACGGAUGUUGGCUGGCCCGCAGAGCUUCAACGCCCGCCGCGCCCAGUUCGCCGAACACCCUGUCUGGGUCACUCGCUACCGUGAUGACGAGCUGUACGCCGCGGGCGAGUUUACCUGGCAAAGCCAGGAGAGCCAGGGGGUGGAGAAAUGGGCUGCUCGUGAAGACAACGUCAAAGACAGUGACCUGGUCUUCUGGCACACGUUCAGCCUGACGCAUAAUCCUCGCCCUGAGGAUUUCCCGGUCAUGCCGAUCGAGAAGAUCAGUGUUCAUAUGAAGCCGUCAGGCUUCUUUGAGAAGAACCCUGCUCUUGAUGUUCCCCCUUCUAGCCAGAGCGCCAACAAGUCGACGUUGCAUGCGGAUAAGGGAGAUGACUGCUGCGGAUCCAGACUCUGA